AUGUCAUUAUCGGGCCCCAUCGGCGACGACCCGGCCGGCUCACUCCCUCCGGACCCGGCCUCCGUCAGCAUGGCCUUUGCAUCUGCCGAUCAGGCAUGCAAGGAGUGCAGGCGGCGCAAGGCCAAGUGCAACCGGGCCAUACCGACAUGCAACCUGCACCUCACCGAGGUUGAGGAGAGGUUGGAGCGGGCCGAGGCACUCAUCACACAUAUGCGGACUCUGCUUCCGACCAACACCAGGCCGGGCUCCUCCCUAGCCACGCCCGGGAGACCCGAGCCACCGGCUCCGCGUGUCGAUGAGCCUUUUGACUUCUCGAAGUUGGAUUCGCCGGACGAAGCCGGCGCCAAUGUCCCGUCAUCACAACCUCUGCCUAUUGAGGCAGAUCUUGGCGCGCUUCCGCUUAGCGAUCCUGAGCCGGCCCAUCAACUCCAACCAGCCCGGGCUUCUGUCUCGCGACAUGCAACUUCAUCAUCCGCGCCGGGGUUGCACACAACCUCCAACAUAGCCCGUCCUCAGCGACAGAAUCAUCAUCAUCACCCAGCAAACGACAUCGCCCACCGAGACCUCAACCUCCUCGAAGCGCACCCCACAGAUGACUUCAAGUGGGACGAGCAGGAGACCCUAACAAACUACUCCGCCUCCCCGGAAGCGAUCCAAGAGACAGACUCCAAUGGCGAGGCCACCAUCGCAGACGGCAUGGCAACCCUCGCCGUCAGCGAGAAGGAGUCCGGCUACCUCGGUGUCGCCUCCGGCGCCGCCCUCCUCCGCCUCCUGGAACCCUCGACCCCGCGCCGCAGAACCCAGUCCUCAUCCUCGCGCGCAGGCCCCGUCAGCCACAUGCAAUACGCCCUCACUCCACAGCCAGAUCCCAACAGACACAUCACCGACGCCAUGAUAGACGCCUACUUCCGGCUCUACCACGUCAGCUACCCCAUCAUCCACGAGGCGACCUUCCGCGCGCAGUACGCCGGCGUCAUCCCCCGCCCCAGCGGCGACUGCUGGCUCGUCCUGGCGUACACCGUCGCCGCCAUCGGCGUCUACACGACGGCCACCACCCUCGACAACCUCGACAUGUCCCUCUUCGCGCAGGCCCGCUCGAUCCUGUCCUUCAAUUUCCUCGAGGUGGGCAACCUGACGCUCGUCCAGGCGCUCACCCUCAUCUCCAACUACCAGCAGAAGAGAGACAAGCCGAACUCGGGGUACAACUACCUCGGCCUCGCCGUGCGCAUGGCCAUGGGCCUUGGGCUACAUAAAGAGUUCCAAGGCUGGAACAUCUCGCCCCUGAACAUGGAGAUCCGCCGACGCGUGUGGUGGUCCCUAUGUGUCUUUGACGUCGGCGCAACGAUAACCUUCAGCCGGCCCUCUGUCUUUCCAUCUGAGGGUGUCGAUGUCUCCCUCCCCCUCAAUGUUGAUGACAAGUCCCUAACCGCAAUCUCCAAGUCCUACCCGCCCGAGACGGAGGGUAUCACGCCAUACACAGCAGUCCGGACCCAAGCAUCUUUCCACAUCGCCACGACCCCAAUCUACACCCGCGUCAUCUCCAAACCCCUCCCCUCCGCAGACGAAAUGCUCCGUCUGGACCAGGACCUCCUCGAGCCCUGGCUGUCCAGCAUCCCCCCCUACUUCUCCGAAGCAGCAACGAACCCUCCCCCGCCGCCCAAGUACGCCCUCGCCCACGCCGUGAUGAACUGGCGAUACCGCAACCUGCGCAUCAUAAUGUACCGCCCCUUCGUCAUCCGCCGCGCCCUCCAAGCCCGCGACAGGCGCGCAGACGACUCCCCCUCCAACACCAGCGCCUACGAAAAGUGCCUCGCCGACGCAAAGGCCACGAUCACCAGCAUUAGCGACUUCUGGGACCGCAACGAGCACAACCGCCUGGGCGCGUGGUACGCCCUGUACUUCCUCUUUCAAGCCGCUCUGAUCCCCUGCAUCUGCCUCCGCAACGACCCAACCUCCCCCAACGCCGCCGACUGGCGGCACCAAGUCACCACGACCACGCGCUGCAUCGCUGCCCUCGCGCCCGUGAACUCGAGCUCCUCGCGCUGCUACCAAGUCAUAGUCGACCUCUGCGGCCGCUUCCUCGACAGCAGCGUCAUCGCCAGCCACGCACCGCCCGCUGCUCCGCCGUCCACCGCUGCCCAAGAAGCACGUUCGACGCCGAACUACGACGCUCUUGAGGUUGCCUCUGAGCCCAUUGACGAAAGUCCGCAGACGCAGAUCAACAGCGUGUUCUCGAUGAUGUGGCCCAAUGUGCCGCCCAUGGAGGCGGCGGAUGUGGUUAUGGGCGACGAUGCGUGGAUGGAGUUCUUGAAGGGCGGGAGCGGCGGCGAUGGGGAUGGCAUGUGGUUCGAAAGUUAG